GCAUCUGCAGUGUUUGGUCGCUGCUGCUGUUUGUGUGUGUGGACGCUGAACGGCCGAUGUUCUGGGACAAGCGUGUGUGUGAGCGGCUUUUAUCAUGUAAAAUGAAGAAACGAGUGGAGUAAUGUGAAGUUUCAACGAUACUGACACAGCAGAUAAACUUUAUUUUUCUUCCACGGAGUCGCUUGAAGGAAAGACGUUGGCGAGUUCGCUCCAGAGGCCUGAGUGCCAUGCCAGAGGGGUCUCAUUCUGCUCUCCACCAGAGCCCAAUGGGGGAAGAAUCUCUUCAGUUGUCCUCGCCCCUCUGCACAAGUGAACAUGACCAGACAAAUAUUGACCUGGGCUCAGACUGUUUCAGCCGGCUAUGUGCGGAGCCACUGGACGGAGAGGGUGAACGUCCAGUGAGCCUGGUGUCCACCCUGUCCUCUGACUCGUCUCGCGAUAGUCACAGCCUUUUUGGCAGCACCAUUGCUCUUCCUUCCUCUACCACGCCGCCCUUACCGUGCGGGGAGGACAUAGACUUGGAGCUGAGCCCAGCCGAAGGUAGCAGGGAGCAGACUGGAGACCAGAGUCCCACCCUCGCAAGUACCAGGAGCCGCUGGCAGGAGCGGCUGGAGUCCAGGGCGAUCGGCAACCAGUGGAAUAACAACAACGCCGCCUCCAACAGGAAAGCAAGUCCUGACAUUCCUCACAUCCCUGAUUUGCCAGUCGUCACAGGCACUAUGGCGCCCAACCCGAAGUUGACCUAUGUAGACCGUGUUGUCAUGGAGAUAAUUGAGACAGAGCGCAUGUAUGUGAAGGACCUGCGCAGCAUUGUAGAGGACUAUUUGGCUCACAUUAUCGACAUGAGCAACCUUCCCAUACGACCAGAACAAGUGUGUGCCCUGUUUGGAAACAUAGAGGACAUCUACGAGUUUAACAGCGAACUAUUGCAGUCUUUGGACAUGUGUGAGUACGACCCCGUGGCCAUAGCCAGAUGCUUUGUAGAUAAGAGUGAAUACUUUGAAAUUUACACUCAGUAUUGCACCAACUAUCCAAAUUCAGUGGCUGCGCUGACCGACUCCAUGAGGAAUAAGACUUUAGCCAAGUUCUUCAGGGAUCGACAGGCCGCCCUGAAACGCUCCCUCCCUUUGGGCUCGUUCCUGCUCAAACCAGUUCAGAGGAUCCUGAAAUAUCAUCUGCUACUGCAGGAAAUCGCGAAGCACUUUGACCCAGAUGAGGAAGGCUAUGACGUGGUGCAGGAGGCCAUAGACACCAUGACAGGAGUGGCCUGGUACAUCAACGAUAUGAAGCGGAAACAUGAACAUGCUGUGAGAGUGCAGGAGAUACAGUCUCUUCUGAUCAACUGGAAGGGUCCUGACCUGACCACCUAUGGAGAGCUGGUGCUGGAGGGCACCUUUCAUGUCCUGAGGGCAAAGAACACCCGGACGCUCUUCCUCUUCGAAAGGAUGCUCCUCAUUACCAAGAAAAGAGGGGAGCACUAUGUCUACAAGGUUCACAUCUCGUGUUCCACCCUAAUGCUACUUGACAGUGCCAAGGAUCCCCUGCUCUUCAGUGUCAUCCAUUUUAAGCAUCCCAAGCAACCCCAUACAGUGCAGGCCAAGUCAAUAGAAGAGAAGCGAGUCUGGGCCCAUCACAUUAAGAGACUCAUUCUUGAGAACCACAACACCAUCAUCCCUCAGAAGGCAAAGGACGCCAUACUGGACAAUUCAAACUACCAAGGGAAGCACCAGUACAGUCCUGAGAGGCUGAGCAGAGCUGAGUCCUGUCAGGCAGAUGAUUUCUAUCUCGGUGGACGAAAGGGUAGAAGAAGAUCAGAGCCUGCGAAACAAAUCAUGAGGAGCACAAAAGCCGUGUUGAAGCAUGCAGACAGUGAGGGUGCACUGCUGGGGGAUAGAUGCUCCCUUCAGCCAGCCACUAGUGUCAGUACGCUGGCUUCCGUUCUUGGCGAGCCCCAGGCUGAGACGCCAUGUGUGGACCACCUAAUUCCUAGGAGGGACUCUCUGGAGCAGCUAAGUUCCAUUGACAGUGGCCCGAAACUGGGUUCUUCGCCCAGUGAGGGGGGGAUGGAGCUGGAGAAGGCAGAGGAAAAUGAUGAGGAAGAGGGGGACAGUUACAAGGAAGAUAUACUGAUGGGAGACGACCAGGUAGCCGACUUUGCCAGUUCAGUGCUGGCAGCCAUCUCCUGCUGGCACUAUAGAGCCAAGGCUUUGCUUUCUACUCACUUCACAACGGACGAUCACAACAGAGACAUGAGUGACAGUACGCUGAGAGAGGAGUCGGAGACUUACGGGGAGGAGGAAGAACAUGCGGACGUGGCUGUGAAAAAAAAACGAUCCACACAGGUCAAUGUGGAGAAGCAUCAAGCAAAGAAGAGUGAUCAUCUGGAGAUGCACUACUCCCAGAGUCCGAAGUCUCCCGUCUCGCCUGCUUCACAAGACUCAGACGCCACAGAAUGUCAGGAUACCUCGAGAGAAACUGGAGAGGAGGAAGAAGGCGGAGAGAGCGACACCUCUAGUCUCCAAGUGGAGGAGACGAGUGUAAUAACAAAUGGGGAGCUCUCAGAGGAGGAGGAGGAUGUGUUGGUCUGUAAAAGCAUCCUACCAUCGUCCGUGUUGGACCAGGCGAGUGUGAUAGCGGAGCGCUUCAUCAGCAGCUUGUCCAGACGGAGCAGUCUGGUUUCAGAGGACCUGGGUUCCCUCGCCUGCCCCUCACCGUCGGCAGACAAUGAGGUCUUCAAAAGUCCCUCUGCCUGCAUAGACUUGGAGAAACAAACACAAAUGUUUGACAGCUCCACUCCAGAGCCUCAGGCAACCUCAGAGGCACACCGGUCUACACCCGCACAUGGUCCUGCACUGAACGUCUUCACUGAAGGAGAACGGAGGUCCACGCUUUCCAAACAAGAUCGCCUCCUCAUCCACAAGAUCAGGAGAUACUACGAGCAUGCAGAACACCAGGAUGCAGCUUUCAGCAUCAAGCGCAGGGAAAGUCUCUCCUAUAUCCCAGCAGGUCUGGUGAGACACCUGAGCCAACAGCUGAACAGCGUUCCUCAGGAGAAGGCUGUUCCAGUCCACAAGAAAGUCUUAUCUAGGAACCGACCCACUUCCUGGUCUGUUUUUGACCUUCCUGGACUAGAAAAGAGUCGAAACACUGAAAAUUGUCGGAAAAGUGAAACACAGAAAGAAGUGGAAGUAAAGGCUAGAUCUCAGAGCAUCUCUGAAGCCUCAGCCACAGAAGAAGAGUUCAGACCCUCAUCAGACAUGCUCAAGGUCUGGCAAGACAUGGAAAUGGAGGAGGAGAGCCAGGAAGUCCAACAGCCUGAAGAGGAGGAAGUUGAUGAUGUGAAAUUAGAAGCAGCAAAGGACACAAGCCUAGACUCUCUAGAUAAUGAAACUGAUGAGCAACCACAGCAUAAUUUAGAAGAGCAUGAAUUAUGCACUGCCUCAGACAGCUCCUCAGUCUCAUCACCCGACACAACUUCACGACCCACACAGGUGGAAUCUGGUCAAGAGUCUAAACCAAGUAAGACUUUUGUGACACAAGAAAAUAACCAUGUCUGCCACGAGCAGCUACCAAAGAGCAUUAGCUUCCGAACGAGUAUUGACGAGGACCAGAUCCUGCAAGACAUGGGAAAGAUGAAAAACAAGGUGUUCCAGCUGGCUCGUCAGUACAGCCAGCGCAUCAAGAACAACAGACCUAUGGUCUGGCAAAGGAACCGAGAUACAGCGAAUCAACAGAGCUUCAAGAACAUUUCUACUGUCCAUGAGGAGAGGAUGCAGCUGAGGAAGAAAGGCAAACACAACCUGAGAUUGCCCUUGAUUGCGUGCGAUCAGAUGGUCAUCCAUGAAGUGCGCUCCCCAAGUCCAGUCCAGACUCCCAACUCUUGUUCCAGCUCUCAGAGCACAGUCUCCUGCCCACAAAGCCCACAAGCAGACACUUUCCACUGGCCCCACGUGCAGGAGCUGCGCUCCAAAUACACCUCGCCCUCAAAAAUAACCCGUAGCUGCACAGACGGGCUGUUGGAGUCCUGCAGGAACGUGUGCAAUGGCUGCUCACACACGUACAGUAGCUCCUCAGACCUUCACAAAGAUCUGUCGGACUUUCCGAGAACACAUUCUGAAAGUUGUUCUGUAGUCGAGGGCAGGCCCCCGCUUCAGCCCCUGCUGUGCAGGUGGAACUCUUUGGACCACAUGCUCGGGUCUCUUCCUCUCCAUGAGGUACAGAACCUUCAGGAACCCAUGAGGACCAACCUCCACGACGGGGACCGUCUCACCCAGGAUGACAUGGACUGUGCAGAAAAGUGUGACAUCCUGAGUUCAGGGAAGAUGUCAGAAAGUAAUCUAGUGAAAAGCUUACGGGAGAAGUUCCAGAGCUUAAGCACAGGCUCGUGAACAUUUCAGGACCUCUCACCAAAAACAAUGCAACUUGUUGUCUGCACAAUGUUUUUUUGUACUGGGGACAUUUAUCCAUGAUUUGUGUUGUUGUCAAUCUGAAAGGGAUUUUAUGGUCAGUGGUUAGUUUUAUCUUUUAUGAGAGGGAAGUGAAUUAUCUUUAAAAAAGAAAAAAGGUUUAUUGCAUUAUUUGGACAUCAGGUAUUUGCCUGCACUGUACAUUAAAAGGUUUAUGUAAAAGAAAAUUGUACAUAUUCUCCUGUAUCAGUUAAAGAUCCAGGUCCUACUUUUCUUCAAUUGUAUGCAUCUUUUUUGGGGGGGUCCCACGGGGGUCCCACCCAUUGAUGGUGAUUCUCGCUACUAUUGUUGUUAAGCAUGUAAACCAUCAGCUGGUGAAAAGGAGCUGACAUUUAUCCAUGUGAAUGCUUUUGUCUCUGACUGAACGCCAAAGAGUUUUCUUUUUUUUUAACACUUGUACACUUUUUAAUGCAUGUGGUCACAGCAGUAACUGCCCCACCCUCCACAUUCACUGUAGCUG